AUGCCCAAGUCGCUGCCGCUGCCGCCGCGCUUUUUCAAGUGUCCGGAGCUCACGCCCCGUGAAGAGCAGUACCUCGUGGGCAAAGCCAAAGACUCGGCCAAAGCGCUCGUGGACGUCACGCGGAACCACGAAGGCCCCGUGCGAUGGGAAGACGCGGGCGGCCACCGCGGCGUGCAGAUGUACAAGGGCGAAGCGCGGUACCCGGAGACCGUGGUCGGGGAGUCCAUCACCUAUGGCUGCGGGGCCACGACCAUCCGGUCGACGCUCGAGCAAGUCGCGGACUUCUUUGACUUGAGCUCCGACGAGAAAGUGGCGGCGUUCGUAGCGUCGAGCUCAGAACUGCUCGACGCUCAACUGCUCUACGUGCUGAAGGACCCCGCGCUGUUGAACGAGGACCGUCGGUCGACCAAUGAACGGAGUCGACCGAGUCGAGCGAGUCCGAGCAAGCUCGUGCAUGUCAAGCAAGUGACGGUCAAGUGGUUCGCGUCCGAGAUGCCUUCGAAACUGUUGAAGCAUCGGGACUUUCUCACUGUCGAGUGUCAGAGCACGUUCACGGAUGUCAGUGGGCGACGGGGCUGGGUCCGGUCGUACCACUCGAUCAAACUGCCGUCGUGUCCCGAGUUGAGUGAGUACAAUCUCGUCCGGGGCAGUUUCUACCACACGGGCUACGUGUUUAUCGAGAGCGAGCGUGCAGGGUUCUUGGAUGUGAUUUACAGUGUCCAGGUGAACAUGAAGGGGAACGCCAAGAUCCCGACGCCGCUGUUUAUGACGAUUCAGAAGAAGCGGUUAUGCGGCAUUGCUGAUCUCCCGAGACUGAUCACACGACGGCGAUUGGGGACGCAGCGGUUCUUGGGUGACCUGGAGAUCGUGCCGAAGAGCCAUCGUGCACGCUGUAAUUUAUGCUCGACCAAGUUUGGGCUGAUCACACGCAAAGCACGAUGUCGCAAGUGCGGUGAAGUUGUCUGUGCUUCGGCGUGCAGCACCGAGUGGGAAGUCUCGAUCCCUGGUCAAGGUGUGAGGAAAGUGCGCGUGUGCUCUAGGUGUGCGCUAAACACGGGCUCGGCCGUGCUUGAAAACCUCCCUGCUAGCGAGCCAUACUCGGAGAGCGACAGUGUACAGGAAGACGACGUGCCGGUGAUGAGUGUGCGGGCACCAGGGUACCAGUACAACCGGAAGAGUAACUCAGUCUCGUCCCCGCGUCGAACGGGCGAGCCGAGUUCUGACAGCGACGGCGACCGUCGUCGACGCUCUGAUCGGCGUGGAGAAAGCUACAACAAUGGCGGAAGACGCAGCUUGGAUGAAACUUACUACGAUGCAGACCCCGAGUACCCUCGCACCGUUGAAAUGCCUGGCAGGAAUGACGCUGAUUUAAGUUUUGACUCGGGCCAGUAUACGAACGAAUCCGGAGAGCAAUUUGAGACUCCGUCAUACCGGAGAAGGCGCGACGAUCGGAGAUACGAUCCAAGAAACCCCGAUAUGUAUGACCAUCAGACGUACGGCGUGUUGCCUCCUCAGUUCCAUGACGAAGAACAGCGGCGAGCACUCCAGCGUCAACAACGAGCUUUGCAGCAGCAACGGAACAAACAAAGACUCUUCCAGCGACAGCAACAGCAGCAGGAGGCACUGAUGCGCCGUCGCCAGCAGCAAGUUCAGAAUCCUGAUGAUUUUCAAGCAGAGUUGGAGGAUUAUAUGAGCAACAGCGAAUUUAGCGAGUUUAGCAACAGCAUCGCGAGCUCGGAUACGCCCUCGUUCCUCACGUCCAGCGUACUGGCACAGCACACGAAACAAAUGGGAAAGCCUGGUCCAGUUACUCAAGAUGAGAGGAAUGCAGCACAGCUGGCAGUACAGCAGAGGCGCACUAAGGGUAUGGUUACGAGCAUUGAAUUGGAUCUCGCACUCCCCACUUCAGCGCUUGCUACUGAGCUCCGGCUGACUCAAUUGGAGCAGCUGCAGGUUCAGCAAUGGGCGGAGCAGGAGGCUCGGUUCCGUGACGAGUCCUUGCCGUCGUUCGACUUUGAGUUUCCAGAAAGCCUGGAAGAAACCACGGUACGAGUACCUCGUCAUCGGCGAAGCAUGAGCUGCGAGAGUUUUGCUACUUGUAGUAAUCUGGAGCUUCCGUCGUUCUUUCGAGGUUCACACAGCAGCGCGCUCUCGCAAGGUCACGAAGUUUUGGUUGGUGGAUUGGAGCUUCCGCGUGUAAGUAAGGCACGGGUGAACAAUUCAGGACAAGAGACGGUGGGCGUUUUGGACGACGAGGACGGAGUGGACAGUUUUGUUGACGGGUUGUCUCUCAACCUGAGCUCGUUACUACGCCCAGAGGACUUGCGUCCUACUGAAGGUAGCAUCAGAUUGUCUUUGGACUCGUGUGGCCUGGAUCAAAGUGUUUCGGGCGACAGUGACAUUGUGAUCUCCGGCAAGUUUGGGGCCUCGCUUUCAAAAAGUCGUACGGACAUAUCAAAGACGGCUAUUGUGAAGCUGUACCAGCGAAUUUUAGAACUGACCGGCAAGCAGCACGAGUUGAAAGCGCAGCCUGAGUCAGACCCCGAUGAGAGGAAAGAAAUAGCUCGUGAACUCGAAGUGCUAUACGAGAGGCUCCACUCAGAGGUGGAGAUAUAA